CGCUGACGAAACUGAUUUUCAUUAUGUUUUUUGAUUCGCAGAUACCGUUACGUAAUUCAGUGGUCAACGUGUACGUAUGUGCUAAUUAAUGUAAAAACCGGCAGAGCACUAUUGGGGUUUCAUAGAGGUGACAUCUUGCGAUGUUCGCCUACUAAUUUUUCGUGCAGAAUGCCUCAUUUCACAAUGAGAUAAUUCGUAUUUCAACAGUAUAUCCUGCCAAGAAAUUGAAUAAAAUCAGACUACGGUCUUAUAUGAUUCCAAGCGGGAUAUUCUGUGGCUGAGUCAUCUUUCUUACGAGCAAUCCAACAAUUCAAUUUCCUACUGCUAACCUGGGAUACGAUAGGAAAGAUGACGUCGACUGAUGAAAGUAACCUGAAGUUCAAGCGAAGGGGUGCCAAGUCCAGAUUCACGAGAUUCGGCAAGGCUACAGAGCAACUGAUAGAUGGCGGCCGAAGUAGGGCGGAGGCACAGAAAUCCUUCGAGAAGUAUGAGCAGGCAUACCAUGAAGUGGAAGAUGCUCAUGACAAGUUUACUAUGACCAUCAAAGACGAAGCAGAGUAUGAUAGAGAGGACGUCUGGAUGGAAGAUGUUCAGAAUGAUUUCUCGAAGUUACAGUGCAAGUUCAUUGACUACGUCAAGGUUGAUGAAAGUGCUUCGUCAAGUCCUACAGGGGAAGACACCACGGUCAGUGUUCUUCCUGGUCAUCAAGGAUUUGCUCAGGAAAGCAUGAGCCACUUCAAGAUCGAAAGACCAAGGCUCCCAAAGUUCAGUGGAGACAUCCGUGAGUACUGCAUCUUUAAGUCAGAUUUUGAACAUGUCAUAGGUAGCAGAUGUAGCUCCAGAGAUGCUAUGAUGAUUCUUCGUUCAUGCCUUCAGGGCAAACCACUGCAACUUAUCCAAGGUAUUGGACAGGACUACGCGGCUGCCUGGGAGCAACUAGAUACCAUUUAUGGGGAUUCUAGAUAUGUGGCGGACACCAUCAUCAGCGACAUAUCUAAGUUUAGGCCACUGAAAGAGGGUGAAGAUGCCAGGUUCUGCGACCUGGUCCAUCUAGUAAGGAGAAGCUUCAACACCCUGAACGAGAUCGGGAAGCAGAACGACAUGAACAACAGUCACAUGCUGGCCAUAAUAGAGAGAAAGAUGUGUCCAGAUGAUCGGAGGUUAUGGUUCCGAGACCAAGAUGGCAGUUCGGAGACGACUCUUCAUUCUCUAAUGAACUGGAUGGCGAAGGAGAUGCGAGCUCGCAUGAGAUCAUCAGCUCCGCUUCGCAGUGAAGCCAAGUCCAGCAUAGUGAACAUGGUCUCCACGGCAGAGGAGAAACCAUCCAUGAACCAGUCCACAAAGGAGUUUAAGUGCUGGGUCUGCAAAAGUUAUACUGGACAUUGGACAGAUCAGUGUAGGGAUUUCAUCUCCAAAUCGGCACCUGAACGAUGGGAGAUGGUAAAGAGCAGUCGUGCCUGCUACAGCUGUUUGAAGAAAGCUGGACGAGACCACGUGAUGAGUAACUGCAACAGGCGACGCCGUUGUAGUGAAUCCAGGAACGGAGUGCAGUGCACAUGGUAUCAUCAUCCGUUACUUCAUACUGAAAGGAGCAUAGUUGAGGAAGGAGGAUUGGUGAAACAAGUGGGAGUAGCUACGGUCAUUGCAAAUGAAUGUCUCCUUCCCGUGACGAUAGUGGAUGUGAUAUCUAAACGAACUAUGCAGCAAGGAAAUCUGCUAUUGGAUUCUGGUGCUGAGAUAAGCCUUAUUCGUAAAGGUUUUGCAGAGAGGCUCAAGCUUAAGGGAACGCCAAUAACCAUAACAAUGGUCAAGAUUGGACGAGAUGAGGAGGUUCUCCAAACUCUCAAGUAUCGGAUACCCAUCAGAGAAGCAGGGAAAAGCACCAUGCCUAUUAUGAUUGACGCUAUAGGCAUACACUGCAUAAGUGGGGACAUUACAGCAGUAGACUUGGGCCUUCUAUCGAAGAAGUUUGGACUGAAGGAGCAAGAGUUGAAGCGAGGUACUGGAGCAGUCGACCUCCUAGUGGGCAUAGAUCAUGCCAGACUCCAUGGCGGAGAAGUUAGAGAGGUUGGACAUUUAGCAGCUCGCAGAUCUCCAGUAGGAUGGGUGGUGUUUGGGAAAGGACCCACUGACCGUGUCAGCUCCAGUUCAGUACUUCACAUAAAGAUCUCAAGUCAGGUGGAUCUUUUACCAGAUAACAAGAUCUUGGUGACUACAGAAAAGAGACCGGAAAGAAAUGAGAAGUAUGCAUCUGCAUACAAAGAGCAGAUGAGAGAAAUGGAAGACCUGAAAUUCUCCAGAAAGCUGUCGGAGGAUGAGAAGGAUGAGAAGGAUGAGAAGGAUUUGCAAGAGUAUUCUGAGGUUAAACCAGAAUGGAGCCUCAGCAAGAGAAAGAUCUUGAAGCAGAUAGCACAAGUAUUUGACUCACUCAGCUUUGCAGCAGCCUUCCUGAUCCGUGCCAAGAUUGGGAUACAGAGCCUUUUGGGAAAGGGCUAUGACUGGGAUGAGAUGCUGCCAGAAGCAGACCAGAAGUGGUGGAUAGCCUUUUUCAAGGAGAUGAAGGAGUUAGAUGAGGUUAAGUUUGAAAGAAGCCUCACACCAUCAACAAUGAUUAUCAAUCAUCCAAUGCUGUGUAGAUUUGCAGAUGCAUCCCAGAAUGCUUUCGGAGCAUGCGUCUAUCUGAGGUGGCAGCUUGAGAACGGUGAUUAUGAUGUCAGAUUUGCAGAUGUAUCCCAGAAUGCUUUCGGAGCAUGCAUCUAUCUGAGGUGGCCGCUUGAUAACGGUAAUGAUGUAAUGGCCAAGUCCAGAGUGGCCCCAUUAAAGAAGAUGACCAUACCCAGAUUGGAACUACAAGCAGCAGUUAUGGCUACACGACUCUUCACUACUGUCAUGAAGGAGCUGAGACUGCAAGUUGAACAGGUGAUGUUCAUGACAGAUAGCAGGAUUGUUCUACCGUGGGUACGGAGGAAGAGAAAACGCUUUAAGACGUUUGUAGCAGUAAGGAUAGCAGAGGUUCAAAGUCAGUCUGAUCCUGCCCAGUGGAGAUAUGUUCCAGGUAAUCAGUACCCUGCCGAUGAUGUGUCAAGAGGUCUUCCAGCAGCAAAGUUAGGACACAGAUGGCAGCAAGGCUCAGAGUUCCUGUACUCUACAGAAAGUGAGUGGCCUCAGGAUAGACACGGCAGAGUUGCAGCCACAACUGGGAAAGUGAGAAAGCAGUGUUGUAUCUUGCAGGGACACAGACUUUUUAGAAGUAGCCAACCUGGUUAAUCAACGUCCUAUUGGUAGGAUUCCUAACGACACUGAUGAAGGAAGCUACUUGUGUCCAAACGACAUGCUACUAGGGAGAGCUUCGCGCCAAGUACCACAGGGUC